GGUUGAGUGCCGAAGUCUUUAUGAGAAAGUGGUUUUCGUCGCGGGGGGUGAGAAAAAAGCAAAGGAAAAAUUCAAGAAAGUCUGAUCACACGUGGGUCAUGACUACGUCGUACAUCGCGAGAUAUCAGGAUGAAUUUCUGCUCACGGAGACGCUUUCGCAUCACUCCUAUGCGAGCUCUGGCGGCAUUCUUCCUGAUGGUCGUACUGUUCUGGUAUAGCCUCAGUCGGCAAGAGAUUCCACAGCAGCCGUGUAGCGUGCCUGAAGAAUUUACCGAGAAAUUACACGAUCUCGCUUACAGGGCUCACUUGGUCCUCACUAAAUUGGGCAUCGUUCAUUUUCUCUGCCUGGGCGGCCUUUGGGGUCAAGUUCGAAUAGGCCGUGCACUUCCGUGGGCUCGUAAAGUGGAGCUAUGUUUGGUCGACACGCUCCGCGACGAUGUCUUAAUCACGAAAACCUUCCGGGAAGUCGGUUUGAGUGCAACCUACCUUCACGCGGCGGGGAUUUACAGGAUACAGGAGCACGAGGUCGGCGAGGACGCACCCAAGGUGGAGGUGGUUGUUUUCGAGGAAGACGCAGUGACGCAGAUGGUGAGGAGGGUCGGCUGGACCAGAAGGGUCCUGCCUCCGGAUUGCGAAUUCUCGCCGAGUCUACAGUGCUUUCCGCCACAAUUAGUGAUACCUCCCCUGCCGGCGAAACAAUUCGGCGGCCGACUGAUGCCGGUGCCACGAGAAGGCAUAGAAUUACAGAAAUAUCAUUAUCCCAACGACUGGUGGCUGGAGAUCAAGCCCACUGAUUGCACCGAGCCCCAAGAGACAAACGUGUAGUGUACAAUCAUGGUGCAAUUAAUCCUAGAGCGAUAUUAGAAACACGUACUGUAUAAUUCGCUAGAUCGGAACAUUGUCUAACCGCUGUUCAAUCAGCUUGAAUAUAGAACAUAAUCGAGUUAUGAUUUAGUUAAUUUAUAGUGUCCAAUUGAUAAUUAGCUUGGACUGUAAUGAAGAAAGGUACUGAGGUAUUUUAUUAUAACCAAGAUACUUUCUAGAAGUAGACACGACGAAUAGACAAUGUGCAUGUGAUAACGCUAGAUUUUUUUAGUUACCGCGUAAUUGUUUAUAGAUCGAUCUAAUUUAGUUUUCUAAAAGGUUCGAUCGGCGUAUACAACGUGACGACGCAGUUAUCGCUUAUAGAAAGUAUUCAAGUGCUGUCAUAAAAUGAAACGUACGGUAAUAUUAUUGGUAGUGAUCGACUGCUAAUCAUCGUAGCGAUUGUGUCAUUAGAUGACUAUAAAUAGAUUAAAAUUAUAAGUCAUCUUUUCUAAUCGUUUCUCAUUCCUGAGAUCUUCCUAUUAUUGUCAUAUUUUUUUUUAUAUAUCGCAUUUUUUAAUUGUUUCUCUUAAGCUUCUAAUUUGUAAAACUUUACAAACCGGUGAUUUAUAUUUACUAUAUACAAUUACUGAAAUUACUGUGUGAACGACUUUUUAUGCAUUUUUACACUUUUUAAAAAUCUUUUUUGAUUAUUUAAGCUGGGAGUUUUGAAAUACAGUAACAUUUACACUACCAUAAGUGCUAAGAAGAUUAAAGUAUAAUACAUGUAUGUGAAUACAUGUUUAAUAAUUAAUGUUCAUAUAUUCUUCGAAGAGCAAGGUACUUUAUACCUAAUCGUGAAGUUAUAGGGAAAAUAUACAAUAGAAGAUAAACUACGUGUACUGAAAAGGCAUUGCUAGCUUUAACUUUUACUCUAUUGUACACUUAUUUAUACGUUUAUACACAAUGCGCUUUUUAUACGAAAACAUAUGUCUUCUUAAAAUGAUGUACUUCAUUUAAUUGAUUAAUUAUGGAUAACUGUUACUUCAAUAGGCAAUCUUGUUAUAAUUUAUUAUAAGCUGUAAUGGCAACCGUAAUUAUUAUUCAGUGUAAAAUAGUGGAAAACAAUCGUACGCAAUAAAAUGUAUUCGUUGUACUUCUACUGUCCGCGCGCGCGAACUUGUGUUAAUACAAUUAUAAAUGUAAUUGUAACAAUGCAUUUCGUAAUGUUAUAGUUACAUCCCAAAAUCUUUCAGGGAUUGAAUAAAAAUCUAGAAAAUA